CUAAUCGGCUAAUCAUAAUCCUAAUCAAUCCAAAAAGCUUUUUGACCUUGUCAUUAUUUGCACACCACCGUCACGCGCCACCAACGAAGCCACGCUCCGACGGUUCCGUGUUAUUAUAAAAUGCCUUCCACAAAGCUCAGUUCAUAAUCAGAAGGAGAGAAAAUCGUAAGAGCUUGCUUGCAGUGGUGAUUCUAGGUUUCCACAGAGUACUCAAAGAGGAUCGGGUUGAUUGAUAAUGGCGAGACACGAAGAGCUUCCGGUCCCGACUUACUCCUCCCUUGAGCCGGUCUACGGCGGCGGCUCGCAGCUCGAGGAAGCGCAGCAGCGGUUCAAUCGCAUCAAGGAAAAGUUCGUUGAAUUCUAUGGCCAACCUCCCGAUAUUUACACUCGCUCUCCAGGGAGAGUGAAUUUGAUAGGAGAGCAUAUAGACUAUGAAGGAUACUCUGUGUUGCCCAUGGCGAUUCGUCAAGAUACGAUCGUGGCAAUUCGGAAGCACAGUGCGGAUAAGACCGAGAAGGUUCUUAGAAUUGCUAAUGUCAAUAACGAGAAAUAUUCCAUGUGCACUUAUCCGGCUAUUCCCGACCAGGAAAUUGAUCUGAAGAAUCACAAAUGGGGUCAUUAUUUUAUUUGUGGGUAUAAAGGUUUUUAUGAGUAUGCCAAAUCGAAAGGAAUAGAUGUUGGUGCACCAGUUGGACUUGAUGUUGUCAUUGAUGGCAUAGUUCCAACAGGUUCUGGACUUUCAAGUUCUGCUGCAUUUGUUUGCUCUUCCACUAUAGCUAUAAUGGCUUCUUUUGGUGUGAGCAUUCCAAAGAAAGAACUUGCUCAACUUGCAUGUGAAUGUGAAAGACACAUUGGCACACAGUCUGGUGGAAUGGAUCAGGCAAUUUCUAUUAUGGCUCAAUCUGGAUUUGCAGAGUUGAUCGAUUUCAACCCAAUACGGGCUACUGAUGUGCAGCUCCCUGCUGGUGGAUCUUUUGUUAUAGCUCAUUCAUUGGCUGAAUCCCAGAAGGCAGUUACUGCUGCUGUCAACUAUAAUAAUCGGGUUGUUGAAUGCAGGCUCGCUGCUAUUGUUCUGGGAAUAAAGCUUGGGAUGGAACCCGGUGAAGCCCUAUCUAAAGUGAAAACUCUUUCAGAUGUCGAAGGGUUAUGUGUGUCAUUUGCUGGUACUCGUGGAUCUUCUGAUCCUGUCCUUGCGGUCAAGGAACAUCUGAAGGAAGAACCAUACAGUGCCGAAGAUAUUGAAAAGGUUAUAAACGAAAAGCUGCAAACUAUCUUUGCAAAUUCUCAAACUUCUUUGGAUGUGAUAAAGGCUGCAAAGUCCUACAAAUUGCAUCAGAGAGCUGCUCAUGUGUACUCUGAGUCCAAGCGUGUGUAUGCUUUUAAGGACACUGUAACAUCAAAAUUAAGUGAAGAAGAAAUGCUGAAUAAGCUCGGUGAACUCAUGAACGAGAGCCAUCACAGUUGUAGUGUUCUCUACGAGUGCAGCUGCCCGGAGCUGGAAGAACUCGUAAAGAUUUGCCGGGAUAAUGGUGCUCUGGGAGCGAGGCUUACGGGAGCGGGAUGGGGUGGCUGUGCUGUAGCUCUAGUGAAAGAAAGUCACAUUCCUCAUUUCAUACUCAAUCUGAAGGAGCAAUUUUAUCAAUCAAGAAUUGAUAAAGGAGUGAUCAACAGAAAUGAUCUUGGCAUGUAUGUUUUUGCUUCCAAUCCAUCCAGCGGUGCUGCCAUUCUAAAACUUUAAUCCAGCCGUCGAUCUUGGUCGUCUUUGAUAUUUAAUUGGAAAACAGAAUAAUAAUAAAUUUUUAUUGGGUUAGCUAGCGUGCAUGCAUGUUGUUUAGUUCGCAGCUAGCUAGCUUGAUUUUGUGUUUUGUUCAAGUGUAUCUAAUUACAAACAAUCAUUAGACUUUCAAUAAUAAAUUAAUACGGAGUAAUAGUUAAAUAAAUAA